UGGGUCAGGCACCAUCUGUGUAGGUAAAAGGCCAUUCAAUUGUUGGGGUCAUGACUGAUCCCUACACAGAUGCUGCCUGGCCUGUUGAAUUCCUCCAGCAGUUUGUUACUUGCUUUAGAUUCCAGCAUCUGCAGUCUCUUAUGUCUCCAUAUUGAAACGAUAGCGUGAUGUGGAGAGUUUCAAUCCUCAUCAUUUCAGUCUGUGAAGUGUAUACUCUUAACCCACCAAACACCCCAAAAUCAACCUGGUUUAAUUUCUAGCCCAAUCUGAACAAUAGUUGGGAUUAUUUUUCUACUUGAACAUUAAAUACUUUGACUUCCUGUUGAAAAUUAGCAAUAUAUUUCUUAUGGCAGGAGACCUUUACAUGGAAAUACAACUUUUACUUUGAAAUGAUCUUCUGCAUAUAAUCGGGCCUCCCUAAAAGGGGAGGGGAUAGAUGGAUAGUUUUAACCAUCUUUCUGCUGGCUCCUUUCAUUGUAGAUGUGAAAAGCAAGUGAUGUUUAUUAAACAGCUUCCAGGAAUAGUGGAGUUUUAUGAAAACCUAGGAGCUUUUCAUCAUCCACUGCUGCUCUUCAGAAGUAAAUUGCAGCUGAAGCAACUGAAGAAAUAGUUUGUAUUGAAUUAUUCCUGUUGAGAUAGAAAAGGAGAAUACCUGCUCUAACUUAAAAAAAAGUGAAAAGUUGCACAGAAGGAUCUGUGAUGCCAAAACACUGAUACCAAAAAUAACUGGCUCAGUGUAAAAUAGCUCAAGUUUCUUAUUAAAAUGCUACUGCUGCACACAGGAGGAAAAAAGCAGUAAACCCCUGCUUAGGGCACCUCAUGAAUGGAUGGAUAGAAGAUACGGUGUUGAAGGACUUUUAACACGAAUGCAGAAGAUAUAUUUCAGAGAAUUGUAAUUCCUGAGGAGAAAUGGUAUCCAGAUUUUCAUUGAAGAGAAAGUUAAGGAUGAAACCAGUGGUUGCUUGUUGUUUCUUUACUGCCCUAUCCAUGGCGGCAAUAAACAUUUUCCCUUCAUUUCAUUUCGAUGACAGCGUAUCUGGGCUUGAUUAUCAAGCAUCCAGCCAGUUAUAUGGAAAAUUGACUCAGAAAAGACUGUGGAGAAACACUGGCUCCAUCCCCAAGCAAACAAAUAGCUUCUACAGACAUGACAAACUACUGCCAAUGGAAAAAAGACAACUAAAAAGAUGGCAGUCCAGUGAUAUGCCACACAAUCUCGCAGAACCAACUCAAGAGAAGGGCAACAGGGAAAUGCCUGAAGCAGCCAGCAUAUCGGAAGAUAGAAGAAAGCUUCUGAGAGAAAGGCUGAAAAGUAGAAAGAUGAUGCUGCCUAUGGUUCGGAGAAGCUGGAGGCAGAAAGUCAACAAGGCUGAAGACUCCUCAAGGAUUCCCACCAUACGCUUUCAAUCCUUGGUUGAAAAUGGCAAUUUACAAGUUUCUAAGUCUAAAGAGACCACAGCAGACUCUCAAGAUCCUGAGCAUCUGUCCAAGGUAUCUUCUACUUUGAAUUAUAUGACCAUUAUAAAGAAGGCACACUUUCCACAAAUUCAAUGCAGUACAGAUAUUCAGUCCACCAAUGAUACUAAAAAGACUUUUGCAUGGUUUAAAUUUUCUCAAAAUGAUGGAAAGCUUACUCAAAUAAUUAGAGAGAAUGAAUACAAAGCCCUUCGCAGUGAAAAGAUGAUGAAGUCGGAUUUUUCCUUGCAAAACAAUGGGAAAAGUGAGAGAGACAGUGCUUCAUUGAUGAACCGAUGGGUAUCUGAGCUCAAGUUCCAUAACAGUGUUGGAACCAGCUUACCAAUUUCCAAUGCAGGAAGGAGUGGUAGGCUCCAUAAGGAUUCUGCUCACUGGUUUGAUUCGAAUGAUGUUGAGAAGAUAAAACUGUUGACUAAUGGUUCAGUGAUUGCAAAGGCGAGGAUACCAGGACACGGACAAGUAAUGAAAGUUUGCCUCGGCCUUCAAUCCCCCAUUGAUGGCAUCAUGGAGUGUUGUCAACAAGGGAUGUGUGGUCUGAUAAAACGACCUAGUGACCUCAAUGAAAUCAUAGCUUUCCAUCUGGACAGGGUGCUGGGUCUAAACCGGAGUCUCCCUGUUGUAGCCAGAACAUUUCGUGAUGAUCUGCUGCCGUACAAGUUCACAAAUGGAGUUGUUAGGCCGGUUGUUUGGUGGGAUGCAGACAUUCAACACAUGGACGAUCCCAACAAUGACCAAAAUUCAUUUGUACUGAGCUGGUCUCAGUACCAGGCAAUGCUGCGACAGGGAUGCGACACUAACAAGUCUCAUGGAAACCACGCUGUGCCCUGCCUCGGUGUGAAAAGGUCUGAGUGGGGCAGGCUAGCUCUCUUUGAUUUCCUCUUGCAGGUUCACGAUCGCCUGGAUCGAAAUUGUUGCGGUUUUAAACCAGAAAUCUCAGAGCCCUGUGUGGAGGAUCUGCUGCAUGGGAAAUGCAGCAACCUUAAGGAGCAACUCCUUGUCCAUAUCCUGAUUUCCUGCACACGCAGUCAAACUCAUGCAGACUGGUUGCUUACGGAGCAGAUUGCUGAAAUCAUUGCAUAUGGACAGGGAGUUCUGGGACAGCCACAAUGGGAUCAAAGGGCUGAAGAAGUUGGUUCAGGUCAUAGAAAAAAGGGCCCAGAUCCUGCUCAACUACAUCCAGGAGAAAGACAUCAAAUUAGUUCACGACUAAUGAGAAGGUAGCACAUCUGCAGUGAUGUGCAACUCCAAUUGUUUGAAACCAGAGUAGGAAAACUUAACCUGGGAAUUCAUUGCAUCAUUCUUAUGUUCAACUCAUGAUGGGGAGUCCUGCAACAAGCAGAUCUCCAAUUCGUCAUUUGCAGUACAUUUGCUGCAAUGCACCUGCAAUGCACUGACUGUUCAUCAAGGUUUCUCCAGGGCAUGCGGCAGAAAACCACAUAUAUCUCCACAAGCAAAAUACUGCAGAUGCUGGAAAUCUGAAAUGGGAGCCGAUAACGGAAAUGCUCAGCAGAUCAGAGGACAAUAAUUUUCCUGCUUUUGUGCAACCUGGCACAUCCCUCCUAGAUAGGGACAUUAAAUUAUUUUGGGCAUUAAAGCUAAGGUUCCAUUGUCAGGUGGGGAAGAAAUUUGGGUCUUGGGGAGUGAAAAUAAAAUUAAACAGGCUGUCAGUCAAAGAUUAUUAUUAAAAUUUGCUAUUGAUUUUAACAUUUCUGCAAACCACCUGUCUGAGAAGCAGAAAGAUCCUAAUGCAUUAAGUAUGAUAUUUUUUCAAUCAUUUCAGAGACCUCCUGCUCCUGCCUCUAGCAGAGUUAUUGACAGGUAUGUCCCUUUUUCUCUUGCUUGGCCUCUCUGCGAAAACUAUGCCAGCCUCUUCCUACAAUGAUGGGACCUGAACUAGAACUUCUGGAGGAGCAGAGCUCUCAGUUCUUGGCCAUCCAGCUCCUUGCAACGGAAAUUAUCUCAAUGUGCUUGGUCAAGAUUACUGCAGCCUUUACAUUUAAUUCUUAGCUCUAUUAUUUUUCUAGGUAAUGGUUAGAUCACGUUUUUUUAAAAAUCCAGAUCUUUUAAAGCCUUAUUGUAGGUGUGGUCUCAAUCGUUACCCAUCUCACUGCCAGGCGUCUGAUACACAAUGAGGCAAGCAUCGGAUGCAAGAGCGCCCAACACUUUUUGUUGCCGUUCAUUCACAGGGGAAGAAGUCUCAUCCAGACUUGAAGGCCAAGAGAAUUCAGCCGCACCAGAAUGCAGGGACAAGAGAGGCAAUUCUGCUGCAAGCCCCAGUUUCAGCUUUUUGAUACAGUGCCUGAUGUUUCCUUCCGGUUUUCAUUAUUGUUGGAGAGUUUUAAAAUUAAAAUAGUCGACAGAUUUUAAAAAGCAUUUGUGUUUCAUUUUCUCGGCUGGACGUUUCCCUCCCUUGUUUUGGAUCUCUGUCAAAACACAGGUAGACACAAAAUGCUGGAGUAAUUCUGCGGGUUAAGCAGCAUCUCUGGAGAGAAGGAAUGAGUGAGUGACGUUUCAGGUCUUCAGACUCACAGUCUCAGCUUGAAUUCACCACGUCUAAAUUUACACUUCCUCCCCACAC